AUGUCAGGUGAAGAAAGCUCUUUUGAAAAUGGUGAGGGUGAUACAGACCCCAGAGUUCAAGAGGAACUGGAGCGACUGAACAACGCUGGAACAGACAUAAACGUCUUGGAAACUGCUUUAACGAAAGCUAGAACUGAGUACCGAACAUACCUUCACAAAAUAUCACAUGAUUUACGAGCGCUGGAGAAAACACUCGGCUCUUGCGUCAAGAAAUCGAGGCCUUACUACGAGUCAAGAAAUAAAUUCAAAGAAGCACAACACGCAGUUCAACUAGCUACCGAAAAAUUUGAACAUGCUGCUUCAAGACAUAAUGCUGCCAGAGAAAUGGUUGCCGUUGCUGAGGCCUCCCUUGAAAGUACCGUCGGUGCGGAUGCUCAAGACAAGCUAGCAUGGGCGGAAAUGCUUAACCAAGCCACAGAAAAGGUGAAUAUCGCAGAAAAAGAACGACAAGAAGCUGCAAAAUUACACACCCAAAAGAUUCAAAAGCUGCAAGAGAUCGAGAGAACAAUGCGAAGUCUUCAAAAAUCCCAAAAGCGAUCAAUAAUUUCUUCAAAACCGUACUUUGAGCUGAAGGUGAUUAAAAUGGCCGAAAUGGAGGAUAAACGAAACACUGUGAAUGAAAUCGAACAAAAACUACACAUCUCGAAAAGUGACUACCAAGCAGCUCUGCGUACUCUUGAGACAAUAUCUGAGCAGAUUCAUUUGCAUCGGAAGUUGCAGAGUCUAGAAUCAAACCUUUCCGGUAAAUCAGAUCAUCUAACAGUCCCUAACGCCGCUGGAACUGGAAACAACCAGUCAGAUACCUCUUCUUGCAGAUCUGUUCUUUCUGAUCUUAGGCGUGCUGACUCUGUAGAGCAUAUUGACAAUAUGUCGGAUCCAUCUGACGCUGACCAGAACGAUAGGCUCAGUGUCGACUCUGGAAUGUGGACCCCUGGAUCUGGAUCGGGUGGAUCUAGACACGAUGUUCUCAGUAGAAAACAAUCUGGAGCAUUGAAAAUCGCCAACUUGAAAUACCCACCGCCCAAUCCACAAAUAUCUGACAGCUAUUCUGCCGAUCUUGAGAGCAUUCCAUUGGCAAAGGAAGAUUUUUGGGAUGGAUACCACCGGAAGCAGAAGCAAGAUUGGUUUCUGAAUCAAAACCAAGCUCUCGAUUUCAUCAAGAGACACACAUCAAUCGCAGAUACUGACAGAGAUCACCGCGUAUCCAUCCUUGACUUGGGGGUAGGCACAAGCACUUUGAUGCUUCGCAUUAUUUUUAUGAUGAAAAACCUUGAUGGUUGGGCGAUCGAUUUUUCUGAGGAAGCUUGCCGAUUUCAGGCAAAAUCAGUUGAGACUCUCCUUGAAAACUAUUCGAAAAAGACUGGCGAUUCUGAAUCUCUUCUCGUCAAAAAUGGAAAUUCACUAGUCAUCUGUAAAGAUGAUUGUAGAUCUUUAACCUGUGCAGACAACUCUAUCGAUUAUAUUAUUGACAAGGGAACAAUGGAUGCCUUUAUGCGACUUGAAGAAUCCGAUUCUUUCCAAGCGAUGGAUGAAAUGGUGCGUGUAUUGGGGCCAUCGGGAAAGGUCUUACAGCUGACAGAAGAACCUCCAGAGACACGUGUUGAACGAUGGUUCAAGUGGUCUCAGACAUCGAAGUAUGAAGCCAAGGUCCAGCAAGAAGAAAUCGCCGGGAAAUACGGAUAUAUUGUCACUGUCACUCUCAAAUAG